CCGAAAGCCUUAUUCUAACUCGUCAUUUAGCCCUCCCUCGAGAUCACGGAAGUAUCUAGCCGUGUCCCACACAACUUUUUCUGUUUUGUUUUGCUCUAACAAAGAGUUGGAGUUUCAAUUGUUUUUUAAGACAAACACUACCUUUAGUGUUGGUUUUGAGAAAUAAUUUGUCAGAAUAUCUACUCUAUGCCAACAAGAGCACACUAUGGCCAAGCGAGUUGCAGUGAUUGGAGCUGGUGUGAGUGGCCUGUCUUCCAUCAAAUGCUGCUUAGAUGAGGACCUGGAGCCAACCUGCUUUGAAAGAAGUAAUGACUUCGGGGGACUGUGGAAGUUUACUGAAACUUCUGAAGAUGGGAUGACCAGGGUCUACAAGUCAUUAGUGACAAAUGUCUGCAAAGAAAUGUCAUGUUACAGUGACUUCCCCUUCCAAGAAGAUUAUCCCAAUUUCAUGAACCAAGAAAAAUUUUGGAACUACCUCCAAGAAUUUGCUGAGCACUUUGACCUUCUGAAAUACAUUCAGUUUAGAACCACAGUGUGCAGUGUAACAAAGCGUCCUGACUUCUCCAAGACUGGUCAGUGGGAUGUCGUCACAGAGACAGAGGGGAAGCAGUACAGAGCUGUCUUUGAUGCUGUCAUGGUUUGCACUGGACGCUUCCUGAAUCCCCAUUUACCUUUAGAAUCAUUUCCUGGAAUCUAUAGGUUUAAAGGGCAGAUCCUGCACAGUCAACAGUACAAGAGCCCAGAACGCUUUCAGGGCAAACGCAUCUUAGUGAUUGGUCUUGGAAACACUGGAGGAGACAUUGCAGUGGAGCUCAGUCGAACAGCAGCUCAGGUACUUCUCAGUACUAGAACUGGUACCUGGGUUGUCAACCGCUCUUCAGAUGGGGGCUACCCAUCUAAUAUGAUGAUUACAAGAAGACACCAUAAUUUUGUUGCACAAGUUCUGCCUUCAUGUGUACUAAAAUGGAUUCAAGAGAAGCACUUGAAUAAAAGAUUUGACCAUGCAAAUUAUGGAUUAAGUAUUACAAAGGGGAAAAAACCAAAAAGAAUUGUGAAUGAUGAGCUGCCAACCUGUAUCCUCUGUGGCACAGUCACUAUGAAAACCAGCGUGAAGGAGUUUGCAGAAAACUCUGUUCUCUUUGAAGAUGGGACCAUGGAAAAAAACAUUGACAUUGUGAUCUUUGCUACAGGAUAUACCUUUUCUUUUCCAUUUCUUGAAGAGCCUCUCAAAAGCCUUUGUACAAAGAAGAUAUUCCUAUACAAACAGGUCUUUCCCUCAAACCUAGAGAGGACAACACUUGCCAUGAUUGGCUUCAUUGGCCUUACAGGAUCCAUCUUAGCAGGCACAGAGCUCCAAGCACGAUGGGCUACACGAGUAUUCAAAGGACUCUGUAAGCUGCCUCCAUCUCAGAAAUUGAUGGCUGAGGCUAUGCAAAAGGAGCAGCUCAUAGAAAGGGGUUUGAUGAAAGAUACCAAGGAAGACAAACUUGACUACAUUUCCUACCUGGAUGACAUCGCUGCUUGCAUAGGUGCAAAGCCCAAUGUCCCACUUCUGUUCCUUAAGGAUCCCAGACUAGCUUGGGAAGUUUUCUUUGGACCAUGUACUCCUUACCAGUAUCGCCUAAUGGGCCCUGGGAAAUGGCAUGGAGCCAGAAAUGCCAUCCUGACCCAGUGGGACAGGACACUGAAACCCUUGAAAACACGAAUAGUUCCUGAUUCCUCCAGGCCUGCCUCCUUGUCACAUUAUUUGAAAGCUUGGGGGGUACCUGUCCUGUUUGCCUCCUUUCUACUGAUCCGUAAAUCUUCACUUUUUUUGAAAUUGGUGCCAGAAAAACUAUAGGACAAAAUUUGCCCUUACCUAAUAAAUAUUUGGUGAGGAUUAGUUGAUGGAUUAUAAGGGUUGUACCAAGUCAUAUUCACUCUUGUCCCCAAACAUCUUGCAUUUUCCUCCUCUCCAUUGUAACUGCUAUCAGCCAAGUUCAGGUCUAACCACCUCUUACCUGAAUUAUUGUACUAUCUUCUCCUUUAGUCUCAGCACUUCCUUUCUUGUAUCCUUUUCAAUUCAUAUUCUACUCUGCUACCUAAGCAAUCAUUCUAAAAUAAAAAUAUUGUCUUUGUUUCCCUCAAGAUCCCCAUGGGAGUAAGAUAAAACUCAGAUAAAUUGUGCAAUAAUUUUUGAUGUAAAAAUUAUGUCAAAUGGUUUGGGCAGAAUGUAGGGAAAUUGUAAAUAUAAUUAUAUACUCCCAGACAAGAAACAGUGAGGUGCUGUUACCAUCUUGUAGGCCUAAUGAAGCAAAAGGAAAAAACAAUUAUGAAUAAGAGAGAGAGAAAUUAUGUCAAGAGGACUGCCUCUCAAGAGCUAUAACCAUCAGCUGACCAAUAAAGGCAGUUCAUGGUGAUCCCAAAAGUACAGAGCUUGGGAAAUAAAUUGCCUAAUCUUACUCUCUUCCCUCCCUCUGAUCCUCUGCUCAUGCUCCACAAUGGCCUGAUCCAACCAAACUCAAAGGCAAGGUUGCUGACUAUUGUGGAUUGAAUUAUAGCAACCCCCCCCCCGCCCCGCCCGGCAAGAUAUAUUCAAAUCCUAACCCCUGGUACCUGUGAAUGUGACCUUAUUUGGGAAUAGGAUCUUUGCAAAUGUAUGUAAGUUAAGAGGCAAUCAUACCAAAGUAGGGUGAUCUAGAUCCAAUAUGACUGCUGUCCUUGUAAGAAGAGCAUCAGACAGAGACACAUAGUGGAGAAUGCCAUGUGAGUUUAAGAAGAGGGUAGAGUGAUGCAUCUACAAACAGGAUCACCAAGCAAGCAAACACUGGAAGCUAGGAGAGAGUCAUGGAACAGAUUCUCCCUCAAAACCUCUAGAGAGAACAACCCUACCAACAACUUCAGACUCCUAGCCCUCAGAGCUGUGAAAGAAUAAGCCACUCAGUUUGUGGUACUUUGUUACAACAAUCCUAGGAUACCAAUACACUUGCUGAUGUUGUCCAUGGAGAUCAGCUUCCUAAGCCAUCCAGCAGAGCAAAGAUGACGGAGAAUAUAUAUUAAAGAGCAACCAGAAAGGAUCCAGUGCAGACAUGUUCCCAUCAAACUUAAAAAUCUUUUAAAGUUUCUCUCUUGAUUAAAGAUAGUAAAUUCCUUAACUUGAAAGAGGAGACUCUUCAUAAUCUGAGUCCCUUUGCCCAGGUCACCAGAAUCCUGCCCUGCAGCCUCCUCUCCUCUUCAAACCCUACAUCUAGUUCCACCAAAUAUGAACUGUGUGGUACCUCCUUACUUAGGCACAGCUAUUUCCUCUUUCAGCCACUUAAAUCCACUCCUGACUGUCUUUCGAGAUAGAGCUUAAUAAUCUCCCUCAGUGAAGCCGCCCCUGAAUCCCCAAAGCAAAUUUGACUGCCGUUUUGUAAUGAUCACACCUCAUGUAUUAGUAUGUUCUUUCCUUACUAUAGAAUCAUUUUCUUUUUGUGUCUAUCUCCUAAUGAACAGUGCAUUCUUGAGAGGAAUCAUAUCUUGUUCAGCUAAAACACUGACUGAUAAAGACUGCAAAAUAAAUAUUUGUUGACUGAA